UGAGGAGCGCUGUUACUUAAUCCCGAUGGAGCCUGAUGAGGGAAAACGGGGAGAGGGAGGAAGCUUGAGCAUUCAAAGUCCUAAAAUAAUUCUUGACAUAAGCCUGUGGAGAGACCAUGUCAAGAGGAUUUUAAGUGCAAAAGUGCUGAAAUUGCAGCUUAUAAGUUGGUGGUUAGGAGCCAAAGUAGAACUUUUCACAUUUCCCUUGUUGGUUUUUUUCCACAUCGUCUGGAAGCCAGCAGAACAUUGAGGGAUGCAAUGGGAGUCUCCUCAUUUCCAGUCUGAGCUAAGUGUUGGCAGCUCUUUGCAGCUGUUUACAUACUUUUAAUCCAACAGCUUUCAGGGAAAGUGAGGCAGGGAAAAAGGGUGUGCUGGCUGUCAUUAAAAACAAAUGAAGUUAUUCACUGUAUCCAUAGGGCCUUAGCUUGUGUGAGUAAUCACAGUAAAUGUGAAAAGUAAGUCAGAUUUUAGUAUUAAGGAAAUUAAAUGUUAGUGGUUGUCUCUCUCAUAGUGCUACUUUUCUAGACGGUCUACUUAACAAGUACACUGUCUGAAAUACGUUAUAAAGCUACUGUAAGUGUCGAUUUCAUUUCCCUCCACUUACUCAUAUUCUGUCACUCGUCCUCCCAUGUACGCUCACUCUCUCUUUCUGUUUUUAUUUUUUAGUUGAAUCAGUUGAUGUUUAAUUCAAAUAGGAUUGGGCUAUAUAAUUAAUUUAUUUGAAUUUCUGUACAAUGUGUAAAAUGCCUACAUUGUGACAAAAUUACGUUAAUAUAAGAUCCUGCACACGAAGGUUACAUUUGUUUAAAAAUGUGCCUCGUCUAUAGCUGUCCCUAACAGCUGUUAGCUAAGAUAACAGCUGUUAGCUAAGAUAAUAGCUGUUAGCUAAGAUAACAGCUGUCUCUAGAUAUCAAGAAACAUUUACAGCAGUAGCCGAUGAUUCUGUAAGCGCUUUACUGAUCCAGCUGUGCUGUAAUGGAUUAUUAAAGGGCCCCCGCUCUUCAGGUGGAGCAUCUUGUUCUGAUGGCCCAUAGCCGUAGGGAUAACCUGUAUAUUUUUUGAAUAUGCAUAACAACGACAGUCUUGCAGGUGGUGGAAGUCUUUUAUUAUCCUUGACUAAAUAAAUUCAAGUCGUGAAUUGUCACUGCGUUCAAACAAAGUCUCAUUUUCAGUAGAAACGCCUGUUUACCAGAGGAUCAGACGUGCAUUAAAUUGAGGUCUGGAGGAGGCUAAUGAGGGCAGGUCAGGUGACCCAAACAUGUGUUGCUAGUUUGACCUGCUUCUCUGUGUCAUUCUGGAGGUAGUCUGACUCUCAGCCGCUUCCUGAUUUGGACUAAUUAAUUGGGAGCGUGUGGCUACUUGGCAUAUUGCUGUGAAACAAGUCUAGUGAAUCAGUAACAUGUUAUCAGUUUCUAAUGCAUUCAUAUACAUGAAUUGCAGGAAAGUGGGUAGUUUAAACAAGGCAGAGUGAACAAUUUUAGCUGUAAGCCAGAUAUUAUUUGUACAAUGCAUUUAGAUUCAUUUAGGUGUGUAGCCGUGUGCAGCCUUUGUUGGCUGGAUUAGUUCAGUGUUGUGUGACUGCCAACGAUUGUAUCCCUGUUGUUAUGUAACUAAACCCCCUGUCUCAUUUCUUCAGUGGAAGUUUUCGUUAGACUGAUGGUUAUGCUCAAAGGACAAAGUAUUAUAUUAUCAGCAAAUGACUGAUGUUUUGGCAGCAGAGUUAGAUUAUUCAGGGCAUCAGGCGUUUGAAGUGGCAGAGACUCAGCUGGGGAUCCCGGCCCUGUUGGACCCAGAAGACAUGGUGUCCAUGAAAGUGCCUGACCGGCUCAGCAUCAUCACAUACGUCUCCCAGUACUACAACUUCUUCAACAACAAGUCUCAAGCAAACCCCCCUUGCAUGAAAAGGCUGAGUUCUGCCGGUCAUAAUGAGCCUGCCCAGAAAAGGCCCCCGACCCCUUUGGAAGACAAAGUGGUUGAGUCUGAGCCGAGCCAGCCCACAGAGGCAGGUGUAGAAGCGGUCGCAGCCGUCAAGCGCAGCACGUUGAGCAGCACCUGCGCAGCCUGCCAGAAACACGUCCACCUCGUGCAGAGGUUUCUGGUGGACGGCAAGCUCUACCAUCGCAACUGCUUCAGGUGCACAGAGUGUCGCAGCACUUUGCUUCCUGGAUCCUACAAAUUAGGAAGCAACUCUGGGGCCUUGGUCUGUACACAUCACCUUGCAAGGCAUGCUUCAGCCAAUCAGAACGGCCGGCCAGAUCUCAGUCAGAGACCACCGGGGGUAGUUCAGUCUGUCAGGACUGGUCGCAGCGCAGUUCCUCACGCCUCGCCCUCUGAGAGGGACCAGGCAAGGACUCCUUCUCCAGUUAGCCAAACAAAUGAGACUGACAUGCCUACGGAUGACUCUGCCACAGUCACUGCUGCUACAACAAGUACAGCAGACUCAAAAGAGAUGGAUGGCAGCGCUGAGACGGAGGUGAUGCCACGUUCUUCUUCUCCUCCCAACCCUUUUGAUGAGAGUGACGAAGAAGAGGUGGAGAAAGAAGAAGAAGAAGAAGAAACUAAAACACCAGUGAAAUUGACGACCAAUGGGGAGCUCCCCUCUACACCGAUCAGUCAUCAUGAAGCUGCCAGUCGGCCAGUACCGGCCCCCCGCCGGGUCGCUGAGCCCACCCCUCCUCCUCGCCCUGCCCCUCGGGUUCGCCUACCCCGUCCUGCAGAUGGUCUUACAGUCGGUGAAUACCAGAAGCCUCUGAAGCCUCCGAUUCCUCCCAAACCCCGAGAAAGAUCCCGUUCUCCUGGAAGCCUGUCCAGUGGCACCCAUAAACCCAAAGACCCACCUUGGCUCGCCCUGGUCCAAUCAGAAUCCAAGAAGAAGAAAGCCCCUCCCCGUCCCCCUGCCGGACAGGCAACCCCUCCCCUUACAGGCUCUAUGUCCUCUCUCAAAGGGGAGGGCUCCAGACCCAGCACGCCCCCACCGCCCCCCAACCCAUUCGAGGAUGAUGAUGAUGAUAAUGUCGAGGUAGAGGAAGAGGAGGGGAGCGAAGGUGCGAUUCCACCCACCGUUGUGGUGAGUCACCCGUGGUACAGCAUCAGUCAGGCCGCUGACGCGCCAGGUGUGGACACUCCCCCUAGUGGAGGAAGCUCGUCCCGCUCUGCCAGCCCCGGGAGCGGCAAGAACAAGAAGCGGCUGGCACCUCUUGCUCCACGGCCUCCUGCAGGUCACCAAGUUCUCUCUCACUCUCAGCCCUCCUCUUGCUCUCCCUCUCCAGCUCUCAGCACAGAGAGUCUGUCUUCCUGCUCAGACAGCUCCUCCCAUCCCCCUCUGGGUUGCAGUGCCAGCAGCGACCAGGAACACGCCUUCACCAAAAGUGUCUCUGAGCCUUCGAUCUGUUCCCCUUGCGACUCUUUGGCCUCACCUUCCUCCUCCUCGACCGAGCGCCUGCCCCACCCUUCCCUAAGCCCCUACCCUUCUUCCAUGCCGUCAAAUGCCAGCUCGGCUCCAGCCACCCCAGAGACCAGCCGCAGCUGGGUGACCAAAGGGACCGGAGCCCCUCCUCCGCGACCCCCGACGACCCUCAGCCCAUUGGCCUCCGGAGCCUCCCAAUCACACAAUAAGCCGAUCUGUAAGGAGAACCCGUUCAACAGGAAAGCUUCUCCCUCCCCUGCUAAAUCCAAAUCCAAACCACCAAAAGGCCCUCGUCCUGCCAGACCGCCGGCCCCAGGCCAUGGCUUCCCUCUUAUCAAACGCAAGGUGCAGUCAGACCAGUACAUCCCAGUAGAGGACAUCCACGGGGAGAUGGGUCAGCUGGAGAAGCAGCUGGAUGAACUGGAGCAGAAGGGAGUGGAGCUGGAGAAGAAGCUGAGGGACAACCCCAACGAUGAGGAUGAAGAGCACCUGUUGGUCGACUGGUUCACUCUCAUCCAUGAGAAACACCUUUUAGUACGACGAGAAGCUGAGCUGGUCUACACAGCGAAGCAGCAGAACCUGGAAGAGAGGCAAGCUGACGUGGAGUAUGAGCUGAGGUGUCUUCUCAACAAACCAGAGAAAGACUGGACGGAGGAGGACAAGAGUCGGGAGCAGGAGCUAAUGUCUGAGCUGGUGACCAUCAUUGAACAGCGCAACCAAAUCGUCAACAACAUGGACCAGGACAGGCAGAGGGAGGAAGAGGAGGAUAAACUUAUGGAAGCCAUGCUGAAGAAAAAAGACUUCCAUAAGGAUCCGGACGUCGACCAGCAGCCGAAGAAAAAAGGAGCGAAGUUCAAACCCAUCAAGGUUCUCAAGCGGUUGAGCCAUAAAGGAGAACCGGGCAAAAGCCGCAGCCCCCGCAAGGAGAAGACCCCAUAGAAGGGACGCAUUUUCCUCCAAGAGGAUACGAGACUGUUUUAACAAGACUAAGGCAAUUAACAUGUAAGAAAAGAAAUUCAUCAGGUCCAGAAGAUGAGAUGAGUUCUCCGUUAACUGUCCUUAACGACUUGGAAGUGCAACCCAGAAUCCACCUGCUCACAUCUUACUUGAUGCUUCGCCAAAAAGUCUCUUCAGUGACUAUUUUCUGUUGCCUUUGUGUUUUUAAAGAGAUGGUAUAACAGCUGCUUUAAGAGCGCACGUGUUUGUAAGCUCUCUGACAGCAGCUUUUCUGUACAACUGCACUGAUUUGUUGUGUGUUGCGUCACUAUCCUUUGCAUUGCACAGCACGUCCGACCCUGUAGCCUUUCAUCAAGGUUCAACAAAGGGGCGAGUCGACAGUUCACUUGGAAUGAAAGUUGAUCCCUGAUAUCCAUGAGUUUUUAAAUCGGUUAUUCAUCUGUUUUUUACUGACGAGCACUCGUUGAAUAACCUCUAAACCUCGAUUCCAAAGAUCAGAAGCUGGAUAUCUAACAAGGUUUCUUGUCAUGUCUGGUUUAAGCCGGUGGUACGAGUGAAAGUAAAUCUCGCGACAUUUACUCUUGAAAUGCUCGAUCGACAAUGGAGACCUAAGCUCUUCUAGCUGCUUUGUUAUGAUUGUUUAUGGUUUCCUUGUUUUUUAGUUUUGCGAUGGUGUCAUUAGUGUAAAUGCAUAUCAUCAGAGACGUGGCUAAACAUAGUUAUACAGUAUUAAUGGGUGUGUGUGUGUGUGUGUGUGUGUGUGUGUGGUUGAGUGACUGGAAACAAAAACUCAAUCGGCUUGAAUUACAAAACGUGAGGUCUGGAGAUGUCAAACGGUUUAUUAAUAUGAAAGGUCACACAUGCAAUAAUGAUAAUUAGAAAAGGCAGAUAAACAGUGUUUUAACAACUGUAGAGAAGCACCAGCUUACAACAGUCUUAACCAUUAGAGAGAAACCUGAAUAUGCAAUCAUUAAUUUAUAUGUUACUAUGCCUUUCUGUUGGUUUCCAUGUUUUGCCUUAAAAGUGAAUAGGAAAAUAAUGUGUUAUUGUUUGUACGUGUGCCAUUUAUUUAAUUGCUUAUGUGGAUGAGCGUCAUUUGUUUGAGCUAAUGUAAAUGUCAGUAUGUUUACUCGC